AUGAGUGGGUUUAUCCAUUUAUCUUUGAUUUACAACAACUUCGAUCGCAUCAGUACUUAUGUAGACAGCGAUCCGUUGGAGUAUGUACUGGCAAAUACGGCUACCCAUCUCGAUGAGGAACAUCAUUCUACGAUACCGUAUUUAUCCACCUCAAAUGUUACCUAUCCGUUGACGAUUCAACGGUUAGAAUUGGAAUCCUGUCCUUUGACGCCACCUCGUCUUGUCGGACCCAUUAGAGUAUGGAUGGACGCACCGACGUUUUCUUCACUGGAGAAACUCUAUCCGUAUCUAGAAAAUGGCGGCCACGGGCAGCCAAAAGAUUGUAAAUCGCGGCAUAGACAAUUAUCGUACCGUAUCGUGAUCGUGAAUCUCAUCUACUUGAUGAAUGUCGGAUUUGUUGAGAGCAUGAAGUUGUACCCGUGGCAGUGUUUUAUUUUUCAUGAUGUGGAUCUUCUCCCUGAGGAUGAUCGCAAUUUAUAUUCUUGUCCAACGAUUCCACGACAUAUGAGCGUGGCUGUGGAUAAAUUUAAUUAUCAACUUCCAUAUACCGCCAUAUUUGGUGGCAUAAGUGCGAUGACUGUUGAACAUUUGCAAUCUAUAAAUGGAUUUUCUAAUCGGUAUUGGGGAUGGGGUGGAGAGGACGAUGAUCUUGCUGACAGAGUGUCUACAGUCGGCUAUAAAAUAGCACGUUAUCCAGCAGAAAUCGCACGCUAUAAGAUGAUCAAGCACGUUCACGAAGAGAAAAGUAAUCCUAUAAACAAAUGCCGAUACAAAUUAAUGGCCCGUACAAAAAAGGAGUGGAAAAAUGACGGUCUCAACUCGCUCGAAUACAAGGUACUUAAAGUGGAACUCUUGCCGUUGUAUACACAUAUUUUGGUGGAUUUGUUGGAAAACAAAGAAAGACCAAAGAUUCGACACGCUUUUAAUUGUUAG